CACAAAACGUUUCAACGGCGGUCCGUAGUGGUUCAAUUUGAAAAGUGAUAAGUGGCGGUAACUUCAUUCGGUGCGCAGGGAGCGCAGGCGACGCAGGUUUGUCUGGCAUUUCCUAUUCGCUGAUUUUCAAAUUCACACCGGGCGGUUUUGACAGCUUUAGUUUUGAACCGCUGCGACAUUAGUGCGUUUGAACGUUUGGUUCGGAGACUUGUCUGGAGCGUGUCAUUUCGAACUGUGCAAACACGACGUAAAGUGCUCCAGUUCCAACGUCUAUUCAGUGUGCCCACAAUGGCCAGCGGCAAGACUGUGCGAUUUCUUCUUCCGCCGAAGACGUUCCCCGCGCUAACCCCUCGAAGACGUGUGCCGGAGCAUUGCAAGUGCCGCUUUAAGUGCCCCACCUGUGAGGCCGUCUUCAGUCACUAUGUUCUGCUUUGCGUGCACACCUGGAGCCAUGCACCCGGCGACCUGCGCGUGCCGGAUCCAGCCGUAAAGCCGUGCAGCAUCCUUCAGAGCACGGAGAACUUUGGCCUGCAGUGCUUCCUCUGCCCCUUGCGAUUUGCGUCACAUUUGGCCCUACGGCAACAUCUGGACGCCAGUCAUACUGCUGCCGAAGACGUCAAGUUGCUACGGUUUGCGUGCGCUUUCUGCGCCAUGCGGUACGCGUCAGCCGAUCUGCUCAUUGCGCAUAUCCAGCAACACGACGUUUGGGAAGACGGAGACUUCUAUCCGCUAUUUGCUGGUAUCGUAGGCAAGCCGCUUUGCGAACGCGACGAUACAGUGACGUCUUUUGAGCUUGAUGACCUCAUAAAAGAAUUGCAGAAAAUCGCUGGCGACUUGCCUGCCCAACAGCCAAUGCGCAAGUCUGCCCUGUCCACAAAGAGUCGCUCCGGUGUGCACACGCCGCUCAACUACCUGUGUGCUCUGUGCGGCAUGAAGUUUCAGCACGGCUACCAGAUUGAUGAGCAUGUGCGCAUGCGUCACAAGGGCUUUCUCAAGCUAAUGAAAGCACGACAUGCCUGCGUUUACUGUGGCACUAAAUUCUUUAAGCUGUCAAUGCUUAGGGAGCACCUACUCAUGCAUCAUGCCAUCUCAGUUACACCCCGAAAGAAAAACCCCGUGCGAGUUUGAGUGAUUUAAGAAGUAACACUGAAUGAACACUGCACUAUAUUUUUCAAAUAUAUAAAAACCAGCAAAGUGUAGUGAUGUAAAAAAAAAAAAAUGUUAGUUUUAUACUUCUCUGUCGCCUUCGCGAUUUGACUUCAAGUCCCCAGUAUUCUACAAGAUUUUUUGCUACUCAUUUAAAGGAGAACGAAGAGGAGCCAUAGCAGCUUUUUAGGUGCACAGUCAACAUGUGUGCUAAGCAAGCAAGUGCUGUAUGUAUCGCUGUUACAAAGGUUAUGCAUAGUCUAUUUUCACCGGAAUAAUAAAUGUGGUUAUGGCUUCUGUGA